GCCCGCUGUGUGAUACAGUGAGGGCAAAGGCAGCAUAAACAUCAUAGAUGACUGGGAAGCCACUCUUUUCCUAACUUCCACCAUCACAUCUUAUCCUGCACCUGCGGUGGCUUCAUCUGACUUCUAUAUCCUAGACUACAUUAUUCGGAUACCUUUCUUAACCUUUCUCGGGUGGUCCGCAGACAGUUGAUUCAUCGACGCACUUGUGCCCCCUCUCACACAUCUUCAUGGUCGCAAAAACACACAACACGCUCCCUUUUUCCCUUUUUCCCCGCCUCGGCUUCGGAUCCAAAACAGCGUCCUCGCCUAGUCGUCGGCGCGAUGUUGAAAAGCAGGAUGACUGGUACAUUCCCUACUAUGGACCGUAUGAGAUGCCCAAGGAUGUACCAAUACCAGAACGAGAUAGUUGGGGCGAUCUCGUGGACAAGGAAGAGUUCGACGCCAUUCUCGGCGACCAGGACCUCUUCCAUCGGUACGGAGGUGGACUUGAUAACGCGAACCCGUACGGUGCGACAACAGGCCGCGCCUCUUCUGUGGAAGAACACAGAAACCGCACCAGAAGCAGAGCAUUAUCUGACAUGCACAACACUACUAGUUCUUCGAGUGCUAUCGAUCCCACCCGACAUAGCACUAUAACACGCUCUCGCCGUUCGCAGACCACCACAGCGCGUAUGCGUGUGCCUCCGCCAUUGCCCUUAGACGCGGCGGGCGGCGUGGACGAAUCGCCGAUGCCACAUCAGCGCUCGCCAUCCAGUUAUCAGCAAACCUUUUCCAGUGCAACUGCAGGUAGCGGUCGGACGAGUCUUGCCAGCUUGUUCUCGUUUAAUGGAGCUAACAGGAAGUCUCCGCCCCCACCGAUGCCAUACGCAUCACAUGCGGGGCCUCCGACCUCACCUACCUCUCCCCGUGUUGUUCCCAAAUCCCCAAUGCGCCCCAAACUUCCCAUAAAGCCCGUCGAAAAUCGUCGUGCUAGUGGUCGCGCCUCGCAGGCAAGUGAGGAUGACUACUAUGACCUAUGCUAUUCCACUUUACUUGCGACACCUAAAGCUCAACAUGGCUUCCGUUCCAAUGCUUCUGAGCACACUCCUUCCAGACAGAAUUUAUUGCGACACCCUGACAAUGAGACAUCUGAAUACGAUGAGUCGUCCGGGCAUUCACCAAAGCCCAAUUCACCUCCAGCGUCUCAACAUUCCUUCCAUCCCUAUGCAAAUACUUCUUACACUUCACCUCCUACCGCCCACAAGACGCUACGACAUACAUCUUCUGCCGCAAUAUACCGACCAAAUGCUUCUGGAUCUAGUGCAGGCCAAUAUAACUCUACUACACACCAUACCGCGCCACCUCCAUCUCGUCGAUUGAAAAUUCCUGUAGCUCAAAACGGGACCAACGGUUCGACCAAUAACCCUCCACAGCUUAGAUCCUCCAUAUCCACUCCUAACCUCAACUCUAGUAUGCGAGGUUCUACGCUAAGACCCGGUGUAAAACCACCAUCCGUAUCCCGAGGCAUCGAUAGGUGGUUUUCUGCCGAAUCAUGGUGCGAUGCCCUAUUUUUUCCUCGGCCACGAUUUAAGAUCAAGGAAGGACCGAGCACACAAAGCGGUCGAAGCGGCCGGAUUGUCAGCCCUCCCAGCACACCUGUAGCAGGAAAUCCCUCGACUCAGUUUGGCUAUUCGUCUCUGAGGGAAAGAAAAACGUCUGCGCCUCAGAACCGAGAUCGUGAUGAAGGGAAGCCUCGGCAUGUUGUAAAGUCACGGUCGGCAGCCGAUCUUCUGUCUUCUCCAGGUGCAGGACCUUCCAUGCCAGCGCCAAGAUACCCAGGAAGCGCCGACCGUACACAAGAGAGAAGGCCAAGAAGCUUUUCUCAAAAUCACGUCUUGUUGCCUACACCAGUUCCUUCUCUAACACA